GACAAAGAGGAGCAGCAUCCUGCAGGAAGACAGCAGGCUCCCGGGGGAUGGGGCAUCAUACCCCUGCAUCGCGUUGGGGGGGCCGGAGGAGGCACAGGAGAGCUAUUCAGAAGAGCCGGGGGUCAAAGGUGAGAAGAGCAGAGGGCACCAUGGAGAGUGAGCCGGGGGCCCCUGCCUCUACGGCAAACAGCACCGGGGCCGCCGCCACCUCCUCCAGCACCACAGCUGCCAGCAGUAGUAGUACCUCUAACACUACUGCUACUACUUCUACGGCUUCCACGAGCAGUAGUAGUAACACUAACAGUAGUGUCAGUAGUAGUAGUACUACAGCAGCAGGAAGACAAACCGUGCCUCAGAUAUCCGUUUACGGCGGGAUACCUGACCGACAAACAGUGCAGGUGUUCCAGCAGGCGUUACACAGACAGCCUAACACAGCAGCACAGUACCUGCAGCAGAUGUACGCUGCUCAGCAGCAGCAUCUGAUGUUGCAAACCGCAGCCCUCCAGCAGCAGCACAACCUUAGCACCGCUCAGCUCCAGAGCCUGGCUGCUGUACAGCAGGCCAGUAUCGCAGCUGGCCGGCAAAGCUCCUCACAGAACGGCACUUCAUCCCAGCAAACAGGAUCAACUCAGGCUACGAUCAACCUGACCACCUCCCCGGCAGCAGCUCAGCUGAUCAGCCGGGCCCAGAGCAUUAGUUCCACCCCUACCAGUAUUUCCCAGCAGGCUGUUCUGCUGGGCAGCCCAUCUAGCACCACUCUCACAGCCAGCCAGGCACAGAUGUACCUGCGCGCACAGAUGGCCCAGCAGAGUAACCUGGUGCAGGUGGCCAGGAGCCUGGGCCGGGCUGUUCCACUGUCCCCGCAGCUCAUCUUUACUCCAACGGCCACAGUGACUGCUGUCCAGUCAGAGAGCUCCACGCAGGCCUCCUUACAGAAUCAGGUCCAGAACCUUGCCAUCCGUGGCCAGCAGGGGGCACCCACAUCCUCCUCUCAGACUCAGACCCUGCAGGCUCUUAGUCUGAAGCAGAGCCCUGUGCCCAUCCAGCCCGCCUCACUGAUCAAGAAUCCCAGCCAAGUAACGCAGGCCUCCACAGGGGGGAAGGCUGUCUCCUUCGACAGUUCAUCUGAAGCAGGGAAGAAGGGGGACGGUGCAGCAGUCCCAGAAGUCCGAGCUAUAAACAUGAGCCGCAGUGUCACAGCUAUCAGUGCUCAGCCCCUGAUUGCUCCAGCAUACACGCCAAUUCAGCCCCACUCCCUGGUUCAGCAGCACAAGCAGCAGCAGCAGCAGUUUGUGGUCCAUCAGAGUCAAGGUUCCCAGAGGACCGCGGGCCAGCUGCUGCAGACGGCCUCCAUUCAACCAUCACAGCACCCUGUCCCCGUACUGCCCAAACCUGCUCCACACCAGCCCUCCACGCCCAGCCAGCAGGCCACCAUCUUCCAUUCCACCAUCAGCCCCCACGCCCUCCACUCCUCCCUCAACCAUGCCAAAGCUCAGCCCGUCCAGCUCACGGCCAUCAACCUGCAAAUACAGCCAACGGCCUCUCGACUGGUUCAGGACAGUAAAGAUAAGCCAACCUCUCUGGUGGUCAGAGAGACAUGUCCAGCCCCUGCCACACAGCAGCAGCAACAACAACAGCAGCAGCAGCAGCAGCAGCAACAACAGCAGCAGCAACCACAGCAGCAACAACAGCAACAACAACAUCAACAGCAGCAACCUGCGCCUUUGCCAUCACAACCCACUAAACCUCUAGAGCAGCCCAAGGUUGCCCCAGCCACACCAGCUGUUCAGCCACAAGCAGGAGGGGGCUCAGCCAAGAGGCCGAGUGCUGCACCUGGGACCCCGCCUCCAGCCAUGACCUCAGGAAAUGAGAACGAGGCGCCCACUGUGACGGGCAGCACGCCGCAGAACGGAGAGAACAAACCGCCCCAGGCUAUCGUCAAACCCCAGGUCCUCACACAUGUCAUCGAAGGCUUUGUCAUCCAGGAGGGAGCGGAGCCAUUCCCCGUGUGUGUGGAGCGUCUGCCCAUUCUUAUCGACAGCCCAAGGAAGCUGGAUCACCAGCUCUCCUCAGACCCCGACAAAACCCCCGUCAGCAACGCAGCAAACACCGACUCUGAGCCUGAGGACCUCAACCAGUCCGAAAAAGAGCAAGAACCCAAGCUGACGUGUGAAUACUGUGGCUGGGUCGACUUUGCCUACACGUUCAAAGGCUCGAAGAGAUUCUGCUCCAUGGUUUGUGCAAAGAGGUACAACGUGGGCUGUACGAAGCGGAUAGGCCUUUUCCAUCCAGAGAGGAGUAAACCAACAAAUCGCUGGCGUAGAAGAUCUCAGGGCCGCUCUAGUAUAGAGGCGAAGAAGCAGAAGCUGUCCCCCUCACCGCAGCAGACUCAGGGCGGUUCUGUGUCCUCACCACAGCCCAGUCAGGAGGAGUCCAGCCCGUGUUACUCGGACAUGUCCAGCUACGAGGAGCCGGCGUCUCCCCUUUCGGCAGCCAGCUCUGGAUCCCUGGCCCCUGCUCCGGCCCCAGCUCAGGUCCCCGUCCACCGGCAUCCCAGCAGGGCCUCGGACCAGGAGGGCUGCGCUGUUAGAGACUCACCUUCACUCUGUCAGCGCUUCUUACCCAACGACCCCACCAAGUGGAAUGUGGAAGAAGUUUACGAGUUCAUUCGUUCAUUGCCAGGUUGUCAGGAGAUAGCAGACGAGUUUCGCUCUCAGGAGAUUGAUGGACAGGCCUUGCUACUGUUAAAGGAGGACCACCUCAUGAGCACCAUGAACAUUAAACUGGGACCUGCACUCAAAAUCUUUGCACGCAUCAACAUGCUCAAAGACUCUUAGCAGUGCAUUGAUCUUAGUGCAUCUA